GCCCCCUAGGGCUCCCGCCACGCUCACGGGUCUACCCUCCACACACAUGGCGCCCGACUCUGGAGGCCUCGGAGACCCUCAGCAGCCUUCUGGAGCUUUCUGUCUGUGCCGUUCCCUCCCUUCUGGGGCCCUGCCUGCCAGGUCCUGCUGCAGACGCCUUUCUGAGCCUUGAGCUCCUUCUCCUCAGCCCUGCAGGACCACCCGCCCUACCUGGACAUCCGCCCCUGCUCCACUGUUCUGAAUGGGCCUCCAGCCCAGGGCCAGGGUGACCCUGGCCUUUAGCCCCGCCCCCCUCCUGCUGGGGGUCCGGUUCCAUGGGGCCCGGUGCUGAAAACAGUCCAUCCCAGGUUUCAGUCUCCCCCUUUGACAUGAGGGAAGCUACCGGCUGUGUUGGGACCAGCUCCCUUCCAAGGAACACUCUGGCUGGUUCCAGAAUUCUCCUUUGCUACGAAGGCCGCCGGGCACAUCCCGCACUGGCCACCCUUCACCUCGGAUGUGCAUUUAUCGAUGAGAUGCCCUAAUGGGACCUCCUGGAUCAAAUAGUGUGAUGAUGUAGACACUUGGCGUUGACCUGGGACCUGCCUCCAAAAAGGCCCCCUGCUCCGGCCUGGGAUCCCGUGGCUCUGCCUCCAGCUGCCCCCAUACGCCCCGCCACCUCUCUGCGCUGGCUCAGCCACUGCAUGUUCCUCUGUGUGCACCAAGGUGUCCGCCCUGGCACUCUCUUUCCCCUCUUGGCAGGUGGUCCCCUGCCUGCCGAGUUUGCAGCCCAGACGCCCCCAAGCUCCCCACAGCUUCAUGGUAUGGUGACCUGAGUCCUCCUCUGGUCCAUCCCUUUCCCAGGGUCAGGGGACCCAUUUAUGGAACCAGGACAGGAGGUGCCUUCCCCUGAGCCCUUGUCCGGGAGGCAGCACUGUCCGGGAGGCAGCGCCCAGCGGUGGCUCAGCCCCCAGAGCCACUUCUGAGGUCCGACAGUCCUUUGCUCCCCUCAGGGAGGUCCCCUGGCCUGGACCCCAACUCUCGGUGCCUCAGUUUCUUCACCUGGAAGGUGGGAUGUUGAAGGUGCCUGGGGUUGUGUCUUUGCACUGUCCUAGGGCGACCGUGAGCUUGGAGAACUCGAAUGUCUGGCAGGUGGGCUUGCUGGAGGUGGUGGCUCCUGCUGUGGAGCAGGCACUGACGGGGGAAACGGGACAUACUCCUGGCAAGCACGGGUGGCAUGUGAAAAACCUGGGCUUCCAUUGGCUGCACCACGCCCAGGAGCAGAAAGGGGCCACAGGGGCCCUGGUGCCGUCACGUGGGUCACAGGCCUCCAUGUGAUGCAGGGAGCAGGCAGUCAUGAGGGACUCACUGGUACCUGCCUUGAGGCCUGGGGCUGUGGCUGCUUCUGUGCAGAGGUCUCCUCAGCACUAGGCUCUGCAGGGCAGGGAAGCCCAGCGGGACCUCGGCCACUGGGAGGCUGAGACCUGGUCAGGGCAGGGUCCACAGGGAGACCGGGUGAGCAGCCUUCGCAGUCCACGAAGCGUCUCUGCAGGGGGCGCAAGAGCUGCCCCCUCCCCUCCCAGGGGGCAGGUGGGGGCUCUGGGCCUUUCCCACUCUCUUCCCGUCACGUCACAGGACGCAGGGCUGGCGGCAUGUGACUGAAACUGGUCAGACAGCACUGUGGCAGUUUUACUUCGGAAGGGAAGUUUAGGCUCUUGGGCGGAGCUGAGAUGGGAACAGGAAACGGACAGAGCCCCUUUAUUCGGCAAAAACGUCAGUCGGCACCUCAGGGUCCCUGCACGUGUGAGUGAGGCGCAGCAAUGGCACCGAGUUCCUCUGCCGGAGGUCGACCCACUGGCCAGGUUCCUGGACUGCUGGCCUGAGCCGAGGCACAUGGCCCCUCUUCCCUGGAGACCAGCCCCCAAAGCCGACCUCUUGAGGCUGGUGCUAUAUCUCACCAUCCUGGGAGCCCCCUGCUGCGCCCCAGCUCUGCCCUCCUGCAAAGAGGAUGAGUACCCAGUGGGCACCGAGUGCUGCCCCAAGUGCAGCCCGGGUUACCGUGUGAAGCAGCCCUGCGAGGAGCUGACGGGCACAGUAUGUGAGCCCUGCCCUCCAGGGACCUACAUUGCCCACCUCAACGGCCUGAGCAAGUGUCUGAAGUGCCAAAUGUGUGAUCCAGCCAUGGGCCUGCUCGCCACCCGGAACUGCUCCAGGACAGAGAACACCCUGUGCAGCUGCGGCCCAGGCCACUUCUGCGUCCUCCAGGACGGGGACCACUGCGCUGUGUGCCAGGCCCACGCCACCUCCAGCCCAGACCAGAGGGUGCAGAAGGGAGGCACUGAGGGUCAGGAUACCCUGUGUCAGAACUGCCCCCCAGGGACCUUCUCUCCCAGUGGGACCCUGGAGAGAUGUCAGCACUGGACCAAGUGCAGCAGCUGGCUGGAGACCGAGGCCAGACCCGGGACCAGCAGCUCCCCCAGGGCGUGGCCUCUCGUCGUCAUCAUCAUCGUCAUUGUCAUCGUCAUCGUUGUCCCCACACUUGGCCUAAUCAUGUGGAGGAAAAGAAGAAGAAGGCGAAGGGGCGACUUCCAGAUGAAUGCCUCCCUCCAGGAGGCAGGUGAGGAACAGUCAGUCACCGAGGCCCUGCAGACUCCUCCGCAUGUCACCACGGUGGCCGAGGUGGAGACAACACCCACAUCCACGGGGGAGAGCCCAAACCACUGACCAAAAGACUGCACACCUGAUGCCAGAAAGACCUGGAGCCUGGCGGGACUGCAGGCGCCAGAGGAGCUCAGGGCUCUGCCUGGGCUGAUUCCCGUUUCCUGUUUCCUCCAGCGGAGGGAGAGGUGGGCCCCUGCUGGGGUGGGGCUGGGGAUGCCAUGUGCCCUCCCCAUGGCCCAAUGAGCUCCUCCGUUCUGCGGCUGCCUGAGCUUCCCGGAGCCCUGAGGAACAGCCCUCACUCUUGGCCCACACGCCCAGCCCUCCUGGCCAGGCCAGAGGGCCCUCCAGACCCCAGCUGUCCGCCAGUCUUAAUCCUCAGCAGGACAGGCCCCGGGCACUGCCUCACAAUCAAGGCUGAACUGGUUGGCCACGUGUGUGGCAUCAAAUGGAUAUCACAGUCGAAGCGAUUUUCUAAGCUUGAGCUCAGCUCCUGUUGUCUAUUUGUGGUGAAACUGUAUUUGGGGAGGUCCUGUGGGUGUGGGAGGUUGAAAUAUCCUGUUUCUCCUCAAACUUUCACCUGCCGGUAUUUCUUGAUAAAUGAGGAGUUCCGGGAUGGCUGCUGGGCAUGCAGCCACCCUGCCCUCCCCCUCCACGCUUGGGCAUUCCCUCUACCCUUGAUCCACCCAAGGAGGAGCCCCCGCCAGCCCCUUCGCACCCAACAGCCCAGUGCUCAGCGGGCCCUCCUGCCCUCAAGUGGUCUCAGAUUUGCCCAAAAAAUACCCAGAUCUACAUCUGACAUACACUUCCCAACUGUAUCCACUGAGAUAUCCCAGCAUCAGCGACGCCCUCUGUGCCCAGCCGACCCCUCCCCCCAGCCUUCACCCGCCACCCGACAGACCCAGGCCCUGCUGGUAGGGGUGUGCCCAGGCCUCUGAGCCACACAUUCGUUUUGUGCCUGGGAUGAGGCCCUUUUCCCCACAUCCGGAGGCAGAACCUGUGAGGGGAACAACCCGACCGCCACGCCGUGAGGGUGGAGGAGCCCCAAGGUGUGCCCUCUCCACAUGUCCUUCCCCUGUAGGGAGAAGACCCCUUAAGCACCGAGGCAGGAACCAAAGGCCUCCACCUGUUUCCACACAAAUAAUGAAGAAGAAAGUAACUAGAAAUAUAACCGUAGUAGUUAUUAGUUAUUCACAGGGGACCUUAGUUAUUCACAGGUGAGCUCAGUUAUUCACAGGUAAUCUUAGUUAUUCACAGGGGACCUUAGUUAUUCACAGGUGACCUUAUUCACAGGUGAUCUUAGUUAUUCACGGGGGAGGGAAAUCUGUUAUUCACAGGUGAUCUCAGUUAUUCACAGGUGAUCUUAGUUAUUCACAGGUGAUCUCAGUUAUUCACAGGCGAUCUCAGUUAUUCACAGGUGAUCUUAGUUAUUCACAGGUGAUCUCAGUUAUUCACAGGUGAUCUUAGUUAUUCACAGGUGAUCUCAGUUAUUCACAGGUGAUCUCAGUUAUUCACAGGUGAUCUUAUUCACAGGUGAUCUCAGUUAUUCACAGGUGAUCUCAGUUAUUCACAGGUGAUCUUAGUUAUUCACAGGUGAUCUCAGUUAUUCAUAGGUGAUCUUAAUUCUUUUUUUUUCCAGUUGCUAUGUUCCUUAAGCCUCUUUUAAUGUAAAAGAUAUAUAUAUAUAUAUAAAAUUGCAUAUAUAUAUUAUUGCCUAUAUAUGUAUAGUCUGGGGUACAUGUGCAGAUCAUGCAGGAUUGUUGCAUAGGUACACACAUGGCAAUGUGGUUUGCUGCCUCCAUUCCCGUCACCUGUAUCUGGCAUUUCUCCCCAUGUUAUCCCUCCCCAACCUCCCUACCCCCCGCUGUCCCUCCCCUAUUCCCCACCAACAGACCCAGAUCUUAAUUCCUUUACUAAUGUCUCUCAGGUCGGAAAUGUGAACCUGGGUGACACUGUGAAAUGAAUGACUCUAAGGCGAGAUGCUCUAAGCCCUCUGUCACGCCCACGCAAGGGCUGCCGGAGGGUGCCUCGGCUGUGCCGCAGCGGCAGCACUGUGAAAGCGCACGCUGUUUAGCCAGCUAGGGAAGGAGACGUCCAAGAUGGCCGAGACUUCUCCUUCCUUGGGGGAGUUAGGAGAAAACUCCGCUUCUCCAAGCUCUUUCUGUAGGCCUGAUGGCUGUCAGACAUCGGGGGUUUAAAUGUUUCUGUGUGAUGCUGUGCUUCAGCGGUCACAUUCCAUGUCAAUCUCAUAAUCCACUUCUGCACCCAGUUCCUUUUUUCUUGUAAGAAUUAAUCAGUAAAAGUAAGGUAAAUCUUAAUGUCUUUGUGACAAGUAUGGAAAAGUGCUGAUACCUUAUGCCCCUUACCUCAUCUCAGCUGUGGAAAAUUCCUGCGCCCCUACCUGUUUGACCGAUGAUGUACUUUUCCCUGCCCCCAGCUUUGUACUCAAUAAAAGUCAUAUUGUGCGGACACUAGGGGUCCCUGCAGGCCUCCAGGCUUUGGUUGGCAGUGGACCCUUAGUCCCAAACUUUCUUUUCUCUA